GACAUAUUGGUUAAAUAACCGUAGUUGAACAAUCCAAGAUCCGUGAUAUAUUGGUUAAAUAACUUUAGGUGACCGUUAUGAUGUGGAGUCUGGUUCUGUUAGCUUCAGCAGUGGUAGCUGUAAUUUCUGGAUAUGGCAUCAGUCAGAAUGACAGACAGAAGAGGGCUGCGAUGCAGGUGCGCCAUGAAGAUUUAACAUCAGCUACUGGGGAGAUCUAUAGUCCUGGUUUUCAUGAAGGCAUCCAUUAUCCCAUUAACCUAGAGAUCACAUGGACACUACACCUACCCGCGGAUGCAGCUUAUGACGUCGUAUUAAACGUCUCCAGUCUAGAAAUAGAAUAUGAACCGAAUUGUAACUGGGAUUAUUUCGCUUUUGAUAAAGACUUCACCAGGAAACUGUGUGGCAUGAAAUCACAAGUAUAUUUUGUGGAAAAUGUUGUCAAUUCAACGAUGUUUAAAUUUCACUCGGAUUUUUACGUCUCACAGAAGGGAUUUUUAGCAUCUUACCGUAUUCGUAAAGUAGCGAAUAAAUGUGACAGCUCGCCAUGUGUUAAUAAUGGUGAAUGUGUACGCUUGUCGUCAGAGGCAUACCGAUGUGAUUGUAGCCAACAUUAUACAGGAAAACAUUGUCAAGAUUUUAAAGCUGCGCCCUGUACAAGUUAUCCAUGUUUGGUGUUUGAGGAUAACUUUGAUUUUUUGAAUCACCGUAUAUGGGAGCAUGAAAUAACUCUUGGUGGGGGCGGAAAUUGGGAAUUUCAACAUUACACCAAUAACAGAUCAAACAGUUAUACUAGAGACGGUGUUCUCUAUAUUAAACCGACUCUAACAGUUGAUAAUUAUGGUGAUGGUUUCCUCGAAUCUGGAACACUUGACGUGUGGGGUCAUACACCUCAUAACAAAUGUACGGGCAACGCCUUUUAUGGUUGUGCACGAACUGGAUCACCAUCAAACUUGGUUAAUCCCAUCCAGUCAGCUAGACUUAGAAGCUCACGUGGUUUAAAUAUCAAAUACGGUAAAGUUGAAAUCGAGGCUAAAUUACCCGUGGGUGAUUGGUUAUGGCCAGCUAUUUGGAUGAUGCCGACCUAUGCUGCUUAUGGCGGUUGGCCAGCUUCCGGUGAAAUUGACAUUAUGGAAAGUCGUGGUAAUUUGAACUAUACCGAUGCUGACGGUCUAUCAAUGGGGGUUGAUCACGUGGGAACUACACUACAUUAUGGACCAAACUGGAAGAUAAACGGUUACCUGAAGGCAACAUCCGCCAAGCGGUUGAGUAAUGGAACGACGUUUGCUGACGCAUUUCACAGAUAUGCCGUAGAAUGGACUGAAGAUUACUUGAGAUUCACUGUGGACGAUGAAGAAGUUCUAAAAGUUACCCCUGACGAUGGUGGAUUCUGGAAAUAUGGCGAAUUCGACGAGACUAUGGAGAGUCCGUGGAGAUAUGCUACCAAGAUGGCGCCCUUUGACCAGGAGUUUUAUAUUAUAUUAAAUGUAGCUGUGGGUGGACUCAACUAUUUCCCUGAUAGUUUUAUAUCCUCCUACCCUAAACCCUGGACUCGGGCCUUGCAGUCCGAGUUCUGGGCGGGUAAAGAUCUAUGGUACCCAACAUGGAACCCGUUUGAACGAGAUGGCGAAGAUGCAGCUAUGAAAAUAAACCACGUGAAAGUCUGGAAACUGAACCCUAACCAAUAAUAUCUUAUUGAAUUUAGCUACAGGAAGUGACGUCACUAACAUCUGAUACCCCUUCUCGUUUGAAAGUCUACACGUUCUUAUAUUUUGUAUCUUUUUAUGUUUUCAAUGUUUUAAAUAAAG